CAUCCACCACACCUCCACCACCUCGUAUCCAGCUGAGAGAUAGCUCCAUCAUAACUGGCCAACCACGCCAUCAAGAAACCGUUUCCCUCGCCCUCGCCAAGCGUAGUCGCCCGCCAUGUGGGAAUCUGGCCCUGCUUGCGUCCCACUCCCUUCAGCCUGGAUCUCGGCUUCGCCUACGCCUGCAUCCACACGAUCUUGGGCGAUCUUGUUGGGGGGUUGUGGGUUGUGAUGUCCGUUGUCCUGGUCCCGGAACGAGCUUCUUCCCACUGUCCUCGUUCUUUUCUCGAUAGGCAAUUAGGUGGGGGAAACGAUCCCUUGGGUGGGAUAAUGCAUUGAACGACCUUUUUUCUCUUCCCUUCACUCCCCCGGCAGCCAAAAUGCGCAUCGCAAGACGCGAGACAGGGGCAGCCGUUCCAACGCCCUAUGUAGUUCCGCCUUCGAAAGAGUUUGACGGGAAUGAUGGAGCGUGGAGCACUUUUAAGAUCAGCGUGGGCACGCCAGGACAAGACUUUCGCGUGUUGGCAUCGACACAGAGUGGUGCGACGCAGGUCGUCAUGCCAGAAGGUUGUUUGGAAGGAGACGGCGUGGACUGUCCAAGCACGCGAGGAGCGGAGGUAUUCAACAGCGAGAAGAGUCCCGGGUUUCAAUUGAACGUAUCGUCAACAUGGUCGACCAUCGGACAGUACGACGUAGAGACCGAGUCACGGUUGAACAUCACUGUGCCGGCGAUAUUUGGCUAUGACAAGGUUGCGUUGGGUCCCGCUGCGGAUAGAUCAUCGCUGUCGCUAGACCACCAGGUCGUUGCUGGAGUUGCGGACCUGAAUUACUACAUGGGCCAUAUACCUCUGGGAACCCAGGACUCGAGUUUCUCCAGUCUCAGCCAGUCCAUCGACUCGUUCCUCUACCAACUCCGGAACCAAACCAAGAUACCCAGUCUCUCCUUCGCAUACACGGCUGGAGCCAAAUACCGAUUGAAAUCCGUAUUUGGCAGCUUGAUAUUAGGAGGCUACGACUCCACGCGCUUCACUCCAAACCCAAACCCCUUCUCCUUCUCCUUCUCCGCCGACCCCUCGCGCCUCCUUACCGUGGGUGUAGAAUCCCUCCUGGCCUCAAACUCGCUCAAAGGCACCUACUCCCUUUCCUCCAGCGCACACUUCUCCCUCCUCGACUCCACCGUCCCGCAUCUCUGGCUCCCCCGCCCCAUCUGCGACAACUUCGAGCAAGCCUUCGGCCUCACCUACGACCCCACCACAGACCUCUACCUGGUAAACUCCAGCAUCCACGCCGAACUCCGCUCCAAAAACCCAUCCAUCACAAUCAAGCUCGUCAACUCCCUCACCGACACGUCGACAAACUACACCAACAUCGUCCUCCCCUACGCCGCCUUCGACCUCCAAGCCUCGUACCCGUACUACUCAUCCCCAACAAACUACUUCCCCAUCCGCCGCGCCGCAAACGAAAGCCAAUACGUCCUCGGCCGCACCUUGCUCCAAGAAGCCUACCUCAUCGUCGACUACGAGCGCGCAAACUUCACCAUCGCGCAAGCCGCGUUUCCCGAUCCGUUACCCGCCGCCAACAUCGUCACCAUCCACUCCCCUUCGGAUCCGUCCUCGUCCUCGGAAAAGGAUGCUUCGCCCUUAGGCACAGCAGCGAUCGCGGGCAUAGCCGCAGGCGGCGGCCUCCUCCUCAUCCUCAUCAUCGUCGGCGCAGUCUUCCUGCAUCGCCGCCGCCGCUCGCGGAGAUACGAACUCGCCAAUACGCAAAUCACGGAGACGGCGGGGACGGGCCGGCGGCGUCGGGACAACGCCAGCGCGGAUGCGCACAAGCACAGCGAUGAGGAGCCGCAGGAGUUGGGCGGGGCGCCGUUUAUCGAGUUGGCGUCGCCGAGAUAUGAUGGGAGUGGUUUUGGUGCUGCUGCUGGUGCUGCUGCUGGUGGUACCCGUGGUGCUGGGACGGAGACGGAUUAUAAGAGCAAGCUGGAGCCGAUUAAUGUCGUGCCGCAGGAGUUGCCGACGCCGCAUACGCCGCGGUGGGUCGAGGUGCGGAACCCGUAUAUGGUGCGGCAUGAGAUGGAUGGGGAGUCUUCGGUUGUGGAUGGGGGGAGUACGUGGGGAGCGAGCCGGGAGCACAGUAGGGAUCCCAGUGCCGAUGGCAGAGAGGGGGCAGGGUGGAGGAAUGACGGGGAAGGAGUGCAGCGGGCACCGGUGCGACGUUGGGUGUGAGUCCAAUGGGUGGUGAGAGGGGGAGGUAUGGGCAAGGGUAUUGAAAGGAUGGAUGGGGAUUCUGGGUUUGUGAUACCACUUCAUUCUGCUUUUUAUUUUGCAUAGGCGGGCCUUUUCUGGUUAUGUUCGUUGUAAUUCCGAGAGACGCAUCUUUUCUCAAACACCCACCUCUGACACUCCCUUUUUCCCUCUUCAUCCCAUCUCUGC